GUGCAAUGGCAUUCCUACGCGGUAAAAAGCUCCAUUUCUUCCAUAAGACCACGACACGCCUCGGCAACGCCCCCUUCUCCUACUCGGGGGCGUCAAAGUUCAUCCCCCUGCCUCCUUCCCCCCAGACUUCUGGUAUCGGCGUGUCCUUUGGACGACCGACGCACGCCGGAGGGAUGGCCACCCAGCACAACUGGGCAGACGAGUGUCGCCGCCCACUAGCGCGACGACGUUGUGCGUCUACUUUUGAUGGACAGAAGCGUGCCGACUGCGACAAUGUCGUCCUAGAGAAGGGGGGACGAAAUAACAUCCGGACGCAAUUGUGGUACCAUCUGCUGGAAUGGUACGUGCACACGGCGCGUAGCGAUGGCGACCACUUGGUCGAUCCAGACAUGGGCGCGCUAGCAAUGGCGUACGGACGUCCAUUUGCGACACUGUACAUGCAGAUCUUGACGAGACAGCCGUGGAUGCAGUGGGCCACGACGUUCGUGCCGUUCCUCCCGUCCACAUCCGUCGACCGGCGACACUUCAACGUGCGCGUGCGUCGCUUCUUCGACGUCCACGGGCGCGCGAUGUGGGAGCAGAACUUUUGGCUGGGGAACAAGGGGGAUGAGUGCGUUUUCGGGGGUCCGAGCCGUCGGUUCGUGUUGGCCCGGGCGGCCAUGGGGCUGUUGCUGUACGACUUGUACCAGCUCGAAGGCGUGGAUGCGCUGCUGUUUCUGGAUGCGUUUCCACAUCCGUAUUGGCCGUCGCUGCGGCAGACCCCCGUGCGAUUGAAUCGAAUGGACGAGCGCGCGCACUUGUACCUGGACGAGCAACAUGCCAAACGAUGGCCCGACAGUUCAAAAUACUUGGACCACCCGUUUGCGGAAGGAAACCAUCAAGACGAAGGGCCAUGGCCUGCGCCGUGUGCGUCAUUUCUUCGAUGGGCGGCGGGGAGGAGCCGCGGGUCGUGCGCAGCGGACGCGUGGCUGGCAGCAGGAGCGACGCCCCAGUGGUUUGCCACCGUGUUGGCCGAAAUGGAAACCGCGCGAAGCGGCCGCGAAGACUCCCCGUAUAUUUGCGUGAUGCUGGCCGAGCCAUUGCCACAGCAUUGGAAGGUCCCCACCAACCCCCCGACCAAAUGGAUGUGGGAUUGGACGUCGCAAUCCGUUGUAGAGCGUCCAUCUCCGUAGUAUUAAACAUUGUCGUCGUUCCCACAUGAUGGAGGUAUAGGUAAUGCAUUGUAAAUAUUGAAUUUUGCGCUGAUGGAAGCGUUUUCAUGGACGGCACCAAGAACCCGUUAAGACCCCGUCCCAGUCCAGGGUACCAAC